AUGGAAAACGCCUAUGCGCUUUCGACCUCUGAGGUCCUGAAAAGCUUGGGGGUAGACCAAGCCACCGGCUUAUCAGAGGAACAAGUCACCAAAUUGAGGGCCAAGUAUGGCAAGAAUGCUAUCGCUGAAGAGCCCCCAACACCUCUAUGGGAGCUUAUUCUCGAACAGUUUAAGGACCAGCUGGUCCUGAUCUUGCUUGGCUCCGCAGCCGUGUCCUUCGUCCUUGCUCUUUUUGAGGAGGAGGAGGGAUGGAGCGCAUUUGUCGACCCUGCAGUUAUUUUGACGAUUCUCAUCCUGAACGCCGUUGUCGGAGUAUCUCAAGAAAGCAGCGCCGAAAAGGCCAUCGCAGCCCUCCAAGAAUACUCGGCCAAUGAGGCCAAUGUUCUUCGCAAUGGACAUGUGCAUCGCGUCAAGGCCGAGGAGCUGGUUCCUGGCGACAUCGUUUCGGUUUCUGUCGGCAACAGGAUCCCCGCUGAUUGCAGGCUCGUACACAUCGAGAGCAACAGUUUCGCUGUCGAUCAGGCCAUUCUCACCGGAGAGAGCGAGUCAGUUGGUAAGGAUGCCAAUGCUGUGGUUAAGGAUGACAGGGCUGUGAAGCAGGACCAGAUCAACAUGCUUUUCUCCGGUACUACGGUCGUGACCGGUCGCGCAAAGGCUGUCGUUGUCCUGACUGGCUCAAACACCGCUAUCGGAGACAUCCACGAGAGCAUCACUGCCCAGAUCUCGGAGCCGACCCCGCUCAAGCAGAAGCUCAACGACUUUGGCGAUCAGCUCGCCAAGGUCAUUACCGUCAUUUGCGUUCUGGUUUGGCUCAUCAACAUCCCGCACUUUAGCGAUCCCAGCCACGGCAAUUGGACCAAGGGCGCUAUCUACUACCUCAAGAUCGCUGUUUCUCUUGGUGUUGCGGCCAUUCCAGAGGGUCUGGCUGUGGUCAUCACCACUUGCUUGGCCCUGGGAACUCGUAAGAUGGCUGCCAAGAACGCCGUUGUGCGUAGCUUGCCUUCCGUCGAGACUCUUGGCAGCUGCAGCGUCAUCUGCUCCGACAAGACCGGCACCCUGACUACCAACCAAAUGAGCGUCAGCAAAAUAGUCUACAUCAAAGAGGACGGCACGGAUUUGGAGGAGCUUGACGUUGAGGGCACUACCUUCUCCCCUGAGGGCGCCAUUUCGCACAACGGCAAGGUUGUUCAGGAUCUCCCCAAUAAGUCUGCCACAGUCCUUCGCAUGGCUGAAGUCACUGCUCUUUGCAACGAUGCUCGUAUCGCCUACGACCCUCGCUCCGGUGCUUAUUCCAACGUAGGUGAACCCACCGAGGGAGCUCUCAGGGUUCUCACCGAGAAGAUCGGUCCUUGCGCUCCGGCUGGCUGUGACCCCGACGACCGUACCCACCACGCUAGUAGCUGGUACGAGAAGCAGCAGGAACGCAUCGCCACCUUUGAGUUCUCUCGUGACCGAAAGAGCAUGUCGGUUUUGGUCAAGAACGGCAACCAGCAGAAGCUCCUCGUCAAAGGCGCGCCCGAGUCCAUUCUUGAUCGCUGCAGCCACGCCCUGGUUGGCGCUGACGCCAAAAAGGUUGCCAUGAAUGCUGAGCUUUCUGCUCUUCUGAUGAAGGAGGUUGUUGACUACGGUAACCGUGGUCUCCGUGUCAUCGCCCUCGCCGCUAUUGACGACGUCACUGGUAACCCUCUUAUCAAAAAGGCCAAGACGACUGCCGAGUACGCUCAACUGGAACAAAACAUGACCCUUCUUGGACUUGUUGGCAUGCUGGAUCCUCCUAGACCUGAAGUCCCUGAGUCCAUUCGCAAGUGCAAGGAUGCCGGAAUUCGCAUCAUCGUCAUCACGGGAGACAACCGCAACACUGCCGAGAGUAUUUGCCGAAAGAUUGGAGUCUUUGGGGAGUUCGAGGAUCUCCAGGGCAAGAGCUUCACCGGUCGCGAAUUUGACCAGCUUAGCCCCGCGCAGCAGCUCGAGGCCGCCAAGAAGGCAUCCCUUUUCUCACGUGUCGAGCCUAGCCACAAGUCCCGCCUGGUGGAUCUCUUGCAGUCUCUCGGGGAAGUCGUUGCCAUGACUGGUGACGGUGUCAACGAUGCUCCCGCUCUCAAGAAGGCAGAUAUUGGUGUUGCAAUGGGCUCCGGUACCGACGUCUCCAAGCUUGCAGCAGACAUGGUCCUUGCUGAUGACAACUUCGCUACAAUUGAGACCGCCAUCGAGGAGGGCCGUUCCAUCUACAACAACACCCAGCAGUUCAUCCGCUACCUGAUCUCGUCCAACAUUGGUGAAGUCGUCUCCAUUUUCUUGACUGCUGCCAUGGGUAUGCCUGAGGCUCUCAUUCCUGUACAGCUCCUUUGGGUAAACCUUGUUACCGAUGGUCUUCCCGCCACAGCCUUGUCUUUCAACCCGCCCGACCACGACAUUAUGCGCCGUCAGCCUCGCAAGCGUGACGAGCCCCUGAUCGGUGGUUGGCUGUUCUUCCGCUACCUUGUCAUUGGAACGUACGUCGGCGCAGCCACCGUUGCCGGCUACGCAUGGUGGUUCAUGUACAACCCGCAGGGCCCCCAGAUCUCUUUCUACCAACUCCGCAACUUCCACCGCUGCUCGUCGAUGUUCCCCGAAAUCGGUUGCUCCAUGUUCAACAAUGACAUGGCCAAGUCUGCAUCGACGGUUUCUCUGUCUAUCCUGGUCGUCAUCGAGAUGUUCAACGCUGUCAACGCACUUUCAUCCAGCGAGUCACUGUUCACGCUGCCGCUAUGGGAGAACAUGAUGCUUGUGUACGCUAUUGCUCUGUCGAUGGCUCUGCACUUCGCCCUUCUUUACACUCCAGUCCUGCAGAGCCUGUUCAGCAUCCUGCCUCUGAACACUCUGGAAUGGAAGGCGGUCGUCUAUAUAAGCGCGCCUGUUAUUGUGAUUGAUGAGUUCCUCAAGCUUAUCGAGAGGCGAUUCUUCAUGCAAAAGACAACAAGACAUGUGACCUCCACAAAGAAGGAUCAGUAA